AAAAUUCAUUUGGGUAACAAGUAUCCAACAAGCGAGUACGUGCACAGUGCCAAAAAUUGAGUACUUAUCCAUGGUUUGCUUGAAAUGGAAAUUGAAUUGAGGGAAUAUUGUGAUUUUUAUAUAAAGUCUUGAUCCAUUCCACGUGAUGAGACCGAUGCAGAUCUUCCCUUAUUCCCCUGUGCUUUCAAUUUCAAUUGGAGUUUCAAACCAAGUCCGCGAAACAACCAACCCAUGUUUCCUCCUCGCAACUACUCAGCAUCAUGCUUCCUUCUUUCUCUCCUUCUACUUUCCACCUUCACCUUGUCCCUCUCUCAAUCCCAUUCCGCCGCCAAGAAAAAGCGCAUGAGAGAAAAAGUUCGCCAAAUGUUUUACCAUGCUUAUGACAACUACAUGACUCACGCAUUUCCGCAUGAUGAGCUGAAACCUCUCACUAAAUCUUUCACUGAUUCCCUAAGCGAGCUGGGAAAUUUGAAGCUUGAACACUUGCCUCGAGACUACAGCGGCUCCGCCCUUACGCUUAUUGAAUCGCUGUCUAGCCUUGUUAUUAUGGGCAACAAUACUGAAUUCGAGAGGGCGGUGCUCUGGCUUUCGGAGAAUCUGACAUUUGAUGUCGAUGCGCGUAUAAAUCUUUUUGAGUGCAACAUAAGAGUUCUUGGAGGACUCGUGUCUGCUCAUUUACUUGCAUCCGAUCCUUCAAAGAAGUUGUUUCAAGGAGCUUACAAUAAUCAGCUGCUAGUUCUGGCUGAGGAUUUAGGGAAACGCUUUCUACCGGCAUUCAAUACGCCCACUGGAUUGCCAUAUGCAUGGAUUAACUUAAAGUAUGGAGUAAUGGAGAAUGAGACUACAGAAACAAGCACUUCAGGGUGUGGUUCUCUGAUUCUUGAAAUGGGAGCUUUAUCAAAACUGACUGGUGACCCCAGAUAUGAAUCAGCAGCUUUACGAGCUCUUCGUAAGCUAUGGAGUAUGCAGAGCUCAUUAAAAUUAUUUGGAACCACGCUGGAUGUGGCAACCGGGCAAUGGAUUGAAUAUUCUUCAGGAAUUGGAGCUGGGGUUGAUUCCUUCUAUGAGUAUCUACUUAAAGCCCAUAUUCUUUUUGGAAAGGAAGACUUUUGGAGAAUGUUUCAUUCUUCUUAUAUUGCUGUUCAGAAAUAUUUCAGACAUGGUCCUUGGUACCAUGAAGCAGAUAUGAGGACAGGAAGAGCAACAUAUUGGCAGCUCACAAGUCUUCAAGCAUUUUGGCCCGGCCUACAGGUUCUUAUGGGGGAUAUAUUUGCUGCUAAUUCAUCUCACCGUGAGUUCUUCCAUGUGUGGAAGAGAUUCGGAGUGCUACCAGAGAGGUAUUUGCUGGACCAUCAGAUGCUACAUCCUACUGAAAAAUAUUAUCCAUUACGCCCUGAAUUGGCCGAGUCAACAUUCUACUUAUAUCAAGCUACUAAAGAUCCAUGGUAUAUUGAAGUCGGGGAAUCAAUAGUCAAUUCUCUUAAUUUAUACACCAAAGUAGAAGGUGGGUUUGCAAGCGUCAAGGAUGUGACAACUAUGCAGUUGGAAGAUCAUCAACAUAGCUUUUUUCUUGCUGAAACGUGCAAAUAUUUAUAUCUUCUAUUUGAUGAUUCAUUUAUGCUUGGGAGUAAUUAUAUAUUUACGACCGAAGGUCAUCCCCUUCCAGUACUAAACACUUGGCAUGAAGAGCUUCCAGAAGCUUACAUUCCUACUAAUUGGACUAUCAUGAAGAGACAAGCAGCAGCAAAUAGAGUCAGUGCAAUGUCUUUGCAAGAAUGUCCUGCUAUGACCUUAAAUUCAGGUCAACAUAUAGAGAGUUGUUGCCACAUCUCGGAUGCUCGUAGUGAUCACAGGUGUUUGACUGAUGAAGAUUGUGGAGUUGAUGCCACUACCUGCAGAAGAAGAUCAUGUAGCAUGGCUGGUUAUUGUGGGCUAUGGAUCUUCAUAUGAUAGAUAAUUAGAUACCAUGUUAUUAAGAGGUUAAUAGUAACAGAAAAUAUAAGUCAGAGUUACAAUAUAAUGAAGGAUAAAUUGCAAUCGCUUCUUUGCCAAAAAUUGAUUGGCACCAAUAUAAUGAUACAGGAUUUUUGGUAGGCACAUAUUUGACAGUUUUGUUUAAAA